GUUUGCGCGUCCUCCGCUCUUCCCUCCGGCCACCGCCUGCCGCCCCUUCCGGAAGCACCACCGCUCCUUUCCCGAGCCACUGCCGCUCCUUUCCCGAGCCACCGCCGCUCCUUUCCCGAGCCAACAUCGCCCCUUCCGCCGGAGCAGGGGUUGGGCUGGGCCGCGGGGCGCGGUCUCGGCCAUGGUCCGGGCGUUCGUGCUACUGUCGCCGGGCGGGCAGGCAGGGCAGGCUCCCUGCCGCGUGCUGUACGCGCGCGCCUUCGGGACCUCUCCUGGGACCCCUCUCGGGGGUCCCCGGCAGCGCCUUCGCCGCAAGGAGCAGCUGCUGGUCGUGGCCAGACAAGUGGCUUCCCAGUGCCAGCUGCUUCAGUCAUCCCUGGGCCGCCUGUCCUCCCCACAGCUCCCCCAGCUGCCUGAUGAGCCGGUGUCACUCCAAGAUGCUCCGGGGGGGCUUUUCCAGAUGCCCCCUGGAGACCCCUUCCCUGAGCGGGUGACAGUAGUCUGGUUAUCAGUGCUGGCCCUCGCCUGUGCUUUGGUUUGUGACCCCCAGGAAAAUCUGUCCUUGGCUGAAAUCACCCUGCGGCGCCUGGCUCCCCGCCUGCUCCUCUCCUUGCGGCUCCUCAGCCCUGGUGCUGAUGUCCUGCUCCGUCAGGAUGCUGCUGAUGCCCUCCUGGAUCGUCUCCUGCCCCAUGGGCAGAUGCUUUUUCUCAAUGAACGUUUCCUCCAGGCAGUGGACCGGGAGCUGGGUAUCAAAGCAUCCCGCUGAGCUACAGAUGACAUCCCUGCCCAUCACUUGGAUAUUUUUCAUUGCAGAGAGACAAGGGAAGGAUCCGAGAUGGUCGCCAAGCCCCAGCAGGAUGGAUGGGAAAAGUAGCUCAGGAAUAAAGAGCAACAUGCCGGCAAAGAGUGGGAUUUUAAUCCAUUUAUCCCCCAACUUUGUUGUGGGAGAGCUAAUAGCCAUCCCCAUAAAUCCAUCUGGAGCUGGAACAGUGCUGUGUUCCUGCACCGUUUUCCUGCGCUGUAUUCUUGCACUGCUCCAUGCGCAUGUGACAGCGGGCGGUGGCUCCACAUGGCCGUGAAUGGACAUUAAAAAGAGGGAUGCCGAGUUACCCCAGCUGGAUGUUACAGGGCAGGUGGGGGGUUCUUGGCAGGGGAGACCUGGCUGUAGGCAGUGCAGAACCCCUCUGCUGUGGGAUGGGAGCUCACCUCAGGACAGGAGGAACCCCAGGGAACAUGGGGAAGCCAGGGGUGUGCAACCAGGCCUGGUGCAUCAGAGUCACUGGGUGGGGGAUUUAUUUAAAACAGGCAGCGAGGCAAGAUGUGGCCGUGCGCCUGACACAGCAGGUUGGUUGUCACCUGGUGAUGCUGCUUGGGAACAGGGGACCUAUGUGACACCCUGGGAGGUGGCUGGAGCUGGCACCAAACUGCACAGCUCUUCCAGCUGCCACCAGGGUGCAGUGGGGAUCAGGGCUCUAUCCUAGCAGUUUCUGAGUGCUGGGAGGGUCAGGGAACCAGGACGUGGCAUGCGUGGCUCUGCCUGGAGGCCCCUGACCUACUGUACAAGCAUAUGGUAGUGGGUUUUUGAAAAAGGGGUAGGAUGAAAAGGAAGAGAGAAAAUAAGAGAUGAAUUAAAGGGGCAGAGAAAGAAAGAGAGGAAGAAAGAGAGAAAGAGAAGAAGGAAGAAAAAAAGAAGGAAGGAAGGAAGAGAAAGGAAAGAGAGAUCACCAGUCCUGGUUCCAUCCAUCCAACUGAUGGGAUGUCCAGGGUUCCGAGGACACAGCCCAGGCUUGGUGGGGGUACAUUUUUAUACAUAGGUUUCCCUGCCCUCAAGACAGAUUUCUCGCUUUCUAUGCAAAUUAGUUCUCAUGCAGUCUGUUCUUUCACACCCUUCUGGAAAUGGGUUGGGGGGAGUUGGGCAUCUUGGAUGGUCUCGUCCCCCCCUACCAGAUUGACCUUUGGUUGACAGUAUGUGCCUGCUUCUGUGCUGAUGCUGUCUUAUUUUUUUAGUUGUGUCUCUGUGGACUAGAACAAGGAUGUUUGUCCCAGAAAAGUGCUUCCCUACCUCUGCAUGGCCCCUUUAUCUGGUCACAUCUUGUUCUUCCUUGUGGCAUGUUAGUUCCAACAGUCCUUGGUUGGCUCCAUGGCCAUCCUGCUGUCGGUGUUUGAGAUUUACACAUCAUCCCCUUUUCUUCUGGGCUUCUAUGGCUCAAACAUCAAUAGGGCCCUUGAAAAGGUGAUCCCUUGAAAAGGGAAAAGAAGGGAAAGAGAGGUAGAGGGAGGGGCAAAUGCAUUCUGUAAAUUAUCUCUAAGCUUUGGGAUAAUCUCUCCAUAAUUCUCCACACCUUAACAUACAAUCCAAUUACCAAAAUGAAAAGCAGAAAGGUUAAUACUAAAAGAACAAUCACAGUGCCACAUUUUGUUAAAAAUUCACGUUGCUGUUGGCGACCAUCCAAAUAAAAUGUCACACCAGA